AUGCGAGUAGUCCCGUCCGAGUUAGAGAUCAUCAAGCAAGAUUUUGAAAAAAGAAAUUCAGAGCUAGAAAAAAGGAUAGAACAGUUGGAGAAAGAAAAAAUGCAUUUGAGAUUAGAAGUUGAUGUCCAAAAGCAUGAGGCUGAAAAGUUAAGAAAAGGAAAGAAUGAAGCCGAAGAAGAUUUAGACAGUUUGAAAAUGGAUUAUAAGAAGUUGCGUACGUCAAUAAAAACUGCUAGUUUGGGUAAAACGUCUGAGCAAUGGCGGCAAGAAAUCCAAGAAGAAAAGACUAAAGUCGAUCAGUGGGAAAAGAAGUUCCAUGGUACUCGAGUAAGAGAGGACGCUUUAAAAAAGCACUUGUUGGAAAAUCGAAGUGAAAAAGAGAGGUUAAGAGCUCGAGUGGCAGAAUUGGAGAGGUCACUGCAGCAAUAUCGUAUUCGCAAUUCCGCAAUCGAAUUAAGGGCUAGUUUAAGAAAAAUUGAAGAGCUAAAAGAGAGGAUAGAAGAACUGGAAACUGUGCUACAAAACUGUGAACUCCGGGUUGAACUACUAGAAGCAAAUAAUGGGUGUUGGAAAGAGCAGUUUCAUCAAUCUCAAGACCAGGUCAGGGAAAGGGAUUAUGUCAUGGGCGAAGCUUUGACCCAAGUGCGAGAGGUGACUGAUCGCUUGCAAACUUUAGCGGCCCAGGCUGAUGUACUAAGUGUAAAAUAUAAAUUGGAGUCAGAUCGAGGUCGGGAGUUAGAUUGGCUUCUUAAACAAGUCAAGGCCUUAGGCAUUAAGGACUCUAAAAUCGUGGCAGUUACCCUGGAACAUCCUUACGUUACACGAAAGAAAACAAAAGCAAUGGACCAAAAGCUGGAAAGGUUGGAACUGAUGCAAAAGGAGGAGCAAGAUCAAAUGCAAGAUUAA